GCCGCCCCGGCCCGGGCCGCCAUGUCUCAGUGGAAGAGAAAGGUCUACAAGAGUGUGUGCCUGGCCCUGGCCCUGCUCGUGGCCAUCACGAUAUUCCAGCGCAGCCUGACCCCCAGCCAGUUUCUGCAGGGCCCCCCGCUGCUUACCUUGGGGCUACAGAAGGCCGAGAAAGACAGCAGUCAUCCCAUGAGCUCCAACAACUUCUGGAAGAGCCCCAAGGAUGUGGCCCCCCCCACACCCCUGGCUCCAGAGGCACCUCAGAUCUGGGACGUGACCACCACUAACUGCUCAGCCAACGUGAACUUGACCCACCAACCCUGGUUCCAGGGCUUGGAGCCCCACUUCCAGCAGUUUCUGCUCUAUCGCCACUGCCGCUACUUCCCCCUGCUGCUGAACCACCCGGAGAAGUGCACGGGCCGCGUCUACCUGCUGGUGGUUGUCAAGUCGGUCAUCACGCAGCACGACCGCCGUGAGGCCAUCCGCCAGACCUGGGGCCGCGAGCAGGACUCGGCGGGCGGCGGCCGCGGGGCCGUGCGCACCCUCUUCCUGCUGGGCACAGCCUCCAAGCAGGAGGAGCGGGCCCACUACCAGCAGCUGCUGGCCUACGAGGACCGGGUCUACGGCGACAUCCUGCAGUGGGACUUCCUCGACAGCUUCUUCAACCUGACCCUCAAGGAGAUCCACUUCCUCAAGUGGCUGGACAUCUUCUGCCCCAGUGUCCCCUUCGUCUUCAAGGGCGACGACGACGUGUUCGUCAACCCCACCAACCUGCUCGAGUUCCUGGACGACCGGCAGCCUCAGGAAGACCUGUUCGUGGGUGACGUCCUGCAGCACGCGCGGCCCAUCCGCAGGAAGGAGAACAAAUACUACAUCCCCACAGCUCUGUACAGCAAGGCCAGCUACCCCCCCUACGCCGGCGGCGGGGGCUUCCUGAUGGCUGGCGGCCUGGCCCGGCGCCUGCACCACGCCUGUGACACCCUGGAGCUCUACCCCAUCGAUGACGUCUUCCUGGGCAUGUGCCUGGAGGUGCUGGGGGUCCAGCCCGUGCCCCACAAUGGCUUUAAGACCUUCGGCAUCUCAAGGAACCACCAGAGCCGCAUGAACAAGGAGCCCUGCUUUUACCGAGCCAUGCUGGUCGUGCACAAGCUGCUGCCCCCUGAGCUGCUGGCCAUGUGGGGGCUGGUGCACAGCAACCUCACCUGCUCCCGCAGGCUCCAGGUGCUCUAACCCUGGGCUGAGGGGAGAGGCGAGGGCUGGACCCCGCUAGUCGUGGGUUGCAGGGACAGUACCCAGAUGAGAUGGUCCCUUACAGGAAGGGAGAGGGUUUGGGCCUCUGUGCCCCUAGUGUGGGGAGGUGCCGGUGGACAGAUGGGGCCUUUCUGUGCAGACACUUUCCAGAAAAUGGAGCUGAGGCCCAGGAACAUUUGGAACCGCCCAGACCAGAGAAGGUCAUCCCAGGAGCAAGGCUGCUGGCCACCCUCCAAACCUAGAUCGGUUGCCUGGGCUCCCUCUCACUCUGUGGGAGGCCCCGGUGGCCUCUGAUGGUGUGUGGGGGCUACCUGGGCAGCCCCCAGGAAAAGAGGAGGUUGCAGAACCCUGUGCUCAGGUACUGGGCUAGGCCAUGGGCCCAUGGCUGCCCUCUGAUCUCUAAGAAGAUUCUCCUUUUCCCCUGAAAUGCCUCAGUCUCUCCACAGGCCCCAGGGGCUCUUUCAGGAGAAGCUCAGCCCUGUGCAGGCUCACAGGCCCCCUGCGGCCACGCCCUGCGUCUCCUGGAGCCAAAGCCUCAGAAGGCCCUCCUGGCACUCCCCCGACCUGCCUGGUGAAGGUUGCCCUGUCUCUGCUCCCAGGUGGCUUCGCUUCCGUCUCUGCCCUGGGACGCUCCACCAGGCCUGGGCGGAAGCUAGACCCACCUCUCUGACUACCUCAGCGACCCUCAGAACCUCUGGACAGGCUGUGGCACCCCCGCCCCUCCCCCGGCACAGGGCGAAGAGCAGUGCUCCGCCCCCAAGUCAUGGUGCUGCUGACCAGCCCAGGGCCUCCAGCAGCCCCACACGGGCCUGGCUCCUUGGCCGGAAACCAGCUGUUUGACCCUGAGGUGGACAGUCCCCUGUUACUGUGAAGCUUUAUUUAUGAAGAAUUUAAAAGCACCAGGCAUAGGAGUUCUUCCCUCUCUUCCAGCAAGACAGCACGUCCCUCUGCCUCUCCUACCCCCCCAAACCUCCUACCUGUACCCCACUUCUCCAGAGCCUGAGUAGACCAGCAUUUGCCCCUUGGAGGGAUGGAGUGACCCUCUUGGGACACCCCCAGGCUCGGGUCCUUGGAGGGUACAGAAGGAUCCCCCCUCACAUCUCAGGGGUCCACCUGGGUGAAGACUGAGGGAUUAACUGCUCAAUAAAAGGGGGCUGUUUUUUCUGGGGUGAAACUUCCAGUUGCCAUUUCCAUCUGCGGCAAGUGGGGGGCCAGAGAUUUCUGAAGACAAAGCUUGUUCCUUGUUCCUGGCUGGGGGUGUACAAGGACCCCUUAGGGGCGCUACAGGGAGGUGAGUGCCAGGAUUAAGGCAGAGGCUCCGGUGAGAGUGAAGAAAGAUGCCGCCGGGCUGGCUGAGGAGGCCGGAGAGACCUGCGAGCUCCCAGGAUGUUCCCAGGAGGCCCCAGCAAGUGGUCCCCAGCUGCUGUUA